AGAUUAUCUCAAUUAUGGACCACAAUGAGUCUCCAUUAGAGAACCUGUAUCAGGCUCUAGUUGAAAGUUUCGGAGUUAUAUUAUGUGGGUACAUUGCCGGUCGCUUAGGGGUGGUAACCGAACAACAAUCAACUGGACUUUCAACAUUUGUCGGGACUUUCUCGUUACCAUCUCUAAUUUUUUUAUCAUUGGCUACACUUGACUUGUCGUCAGUAUGCUGGUUAUUUCUAUUAUCAAUUUUCCUUGCGAAGGCGGUCGUCUUUGUGUCUGUUCUUUUGAUAACGCUACUUGUAACUAGACCAAUUGAUCCUGCUAAAGCUGGUCUUUAUGCAAUAUUCUGUACACAAAGCAAUGAUUUUGCGAUUGGAUUUCCUAUCGUGUUGUCUGUGUAUGGAAAAAAUCAUCCGUUUUUGAGUUAUGUCUGGCUCCUUGCACCUAUAAACCUUGUGAUGUUGAAUCCGUUGGGGUUCAUUCUGAUGGAACUCGGACAGAGAAAGGGAGAAGGGACGUCAACGUUAAAAGUUGCAACUAGUGUUUUAACAAAUAUCGUGACCAAUCCGGUAGUCUUUAUGACAACUUUGGGUAUAAUUGGCAACUUGGUUUUCAACCACAAUCUACCGACUGUUUUGCAGAGUCUUCUAAGUGUUUUUGGUUCAGCUUUUACUGCAACUGCACUGUUCCUAUUGGGUCUACGAAUGGUUGGAAAUGUAAGAAAUUUCAGAGGAGCUGCGCUAUUAGUACCAGCUUUGUUGAUAUCUGUCAAGGAAUUGAUUUUACCUUUGAUAAUAAGAGAAAUAACUAGCUCUAUUUUGCAUUCAUCUGAUUACAAUUCUACUUCAGUGACGGAUUUGAGCACGUUCGGUUUCCUUUACGGGACUUUUCCUGCAGCUCCAGGUGUUUUUGUCUAUGCCACUACCUAUGGACUCGAUUUAGACUUGAUUGCUGGAGCGAUGGUUGCUUGCACUUUUAUAUCUGCUCCGCUGAUGUUCAUUUCAGCCAAAAUGAUCUCAGUUUCAAAUAUGGCGCCGACAGAUUUCGUUCCAGCUCUUAAAAAUUUUGAGCUUGACAUAAGUAUAGCUGGACUCGUUGCUGCUGUGUUGCUAUUAGUAUUGUUCACUUUGAAGAAGAAUUUCCUCAAGUUGCCACAAAAGAUAACAAUGUUUAUCCUUCUGUGUCAGUUCUGUGGCUGUCUCGGAGUCAUAUUGGGAAAUUUGAAAACAACCAACAUGGAAAUAGUCGAGUUCUUCAUGUUGAGAAUAGGAGAUUAUGGGGCAAAAAUAUGGACUGCGUGCCUGGCGAUAACCCUUGCUCUAAUAGAAGCGAAAAAUUUUGCGAGUUUAGUUCAGCUUCAGUAUAUCUUUUUCAUUACUGCUUUCGGGUUGCCAAUAAUCGUGACGACUUCAAUAAUGUUGUUUGGAAAGAAUUGGAAACCAGACAUGGAUUUACCUGAAGCAUUUCCAUAUGGCACCAUUGAGGCGACACUGACUGUAUUCAUCCUACUUGUUUCCCUUAUAGUGAGCAUGGUGUAUAUGAUCCUUCAACAGAGAUACAAGAGACGAUACGCCCGUUAUCUGGUCUAUUCUAGAGAGGCUAGUGAAUCUUAUGAUGCUGCUGCUCAAAGUUCUAAUGAGGUUCAAGGAAACAACAGAGAUGAUGAAAUUCCUCUUCAAAGUGGUUUAGAAGAAAAUUCUGAUGAAAUUCAACCGGUUCAUCAUAUGGCUCUUUUAUUUUUCCUCGUUGGUUCUAUUUUUAUUACUCUGUCAAUAUGCAUUUGGCGUAUUGUGAUGGAUGACUUGACGGGUGUCUACGUUGAAUUGGCUUUUCUUGACACAGCUUUCACCAGAGGCGGAAGUAUAAUCGUCUUCUUCAUAUUUGGUUUUGAUAUAAUAUCUUUCAUACAACCUCUCUUCAAGAAAAUCGUGGAAUCCUUUAAAUCUGGAGAACCUACAACUCUUCCUUCUCUAGAUGAAAUACCAUCUGAAACUCAACAUCUGUGCGACCAGUUUACCACUUACCACAUGGAACCAUGCAGGCUUCAGAUCGUCAAAAGGAGGAGACUGAAGCUAUGGGAGUUCGUACAGUGUUUUACCGGUGAAGACUUGGUCAGCUGGCUUCUCGGCGAAGGACUUGUCAAAGAUAGGGAAGAGGGCAUCGUCUACGGCAACCACCUGCUCGCUGGUCGCUUGAUAAGACGAUUGGCCGGACCGAUCGCUCUCCAGUUCAGCGACGACAGUUCUCUCUUCUCGUUCUCUGAUUAG